AUGCCUGGCACAGCUGUCCAGAGCAAAGUGGACGGGGAGACGGGACUUUGUCCCCGGCUGCUCUGUUCUGUGGCUGUGACCCAUAGCCUGGCUCCCCUUCAGUCAGUCAGCUGGGAGACUUCCGUCACACCCACCACCCAGCCAGGCUGCUGGGAGUCCUCCCUGGCAAGUGACCCCGGCGGGUACCUGUUCUUCUUCCUAGAAAAAGACAUGUUUCUGAGAACUGGGGGGAGGAUUGUUCCUGCAGAGGUGCCAGUGCCAGAAAACACAAGAGGCCACUGUGUGUCUGCCCUCCAGGGUUACAUUCUGGCUGAGCUGUCUGCAGCUGCCAAGCACUCUCAGUGGGAAUUGCUGUCGGCCAUGGUUGUCACUUAUCUUUACCAAAGGGCGAUGGAGCAGGAAAAGGUGAUAUGCAGCCUUCCUCACCAGUGCUCGGGAGUGGAAGAACAAUGUGUGUCCCGCGUCAGUGCCUCGGCCCCCAUCUGCACAUCCGGCCUCUGUUUUCACACUCAUGUGGGGCACUCUGGGCCUGUGUCCAAGGGUCAGUUUCCUGCCGAGCAUGCUUUGUUGACCUUCUGUGUCUCCUCUGUGCAGGCCAAAAAUAAGGAGACGGGUGCCCUGGCAGCGGCCAAGGUCAUCGAGACCAAGAGUGAGGAGGAGCUGGAGGACUACAUCGUGGAGAUCGAGAUCCUGGCCACCUGUGACCACCCCUACAUUGUGAAGCUCCUGGGAGCCUACUACUAUGAUGGGAAGCUGUGGAUCAUGAUCGAGUUCUGUCCUGGGGGAGCCGUGGAUGCCAUCAUGCUGGAGCUAGACAGAGGCCUCACGGAGCCACAGAUUCAGGUCGUUUGCCGCCAGAUGCUGGAAGCGCUCAACUUCCUGCAUGGCAAGAAGAUCAUCCACCGAGAUCUGAAAGCCGGCAACGUGCUGAUGACCCUGGAGGGAGACAUCAGGCUGGCUGACUUUGGUGUGUCUGCCAAGAAUCUGAAAACUCUGCAGAAACGAGAUUCCUUCAUAGGAACGCCUUACUGGAUGGCCCCCGAGGUGGUCAUGUGUGAGACCAUGAAGGACACGCCAUACGACUACAAGGCUGACAUCUGGUCCCUGGGCAUCACGAUGAUCGAGAUGGCCCAGAUCGAGCCCCCGCACCAUGAGCUCAACCCCAUGAGGGUCCUGCUGAAGAUCGCCAAGUCAGACGCCCCCACUCUGCUUACGCCAUCCAAGUGGUCUGUGGAGUUCCGCGACUUUCUGAAGGUAGCCCUGGACAAGAACCCGGAGACCCGGCCCACCGCGGCCCAGCUGCUGGAGCACCCCUUUGUCAGCAGCAUCACCAGUAACAAGGCUCUGCGGGAGCUAGUGGCCGAGGCCAAGGCCGAGGUGAUGGAGGAGAUUGAAGAUGGCCGGGACGAGGGGGACGAGGAGGACACCGUGGACGCUGCCUCUCCCAUGGGGAACCACACUCAGGACUCUUCGGAGGUCAGUCAGCCUAGCCUCAAUGCCGACAAGCUUCUGAAGGAAUCAUCUCCCACUCUGCCAGCGCCCAGCCAGCCUCGGGACAGUGUGAAUGGGCCCUGCAGCCAGCCCUCUGAAGCCAGAUCCCUCCAGCCCCCCAGCUCCCUAGACAUGGUCCCUGGAAAUGAGAAUGGCCUAGUGGUGCCCGGACCCCUCCGGAAGUCCCGACCCAUGUCAAUGGAUGCCAGGAUUCAGGUCUCCGAGGAGAAGCAAGUCCCUGACCAGGGUGUGGACCUCAGUCCAGCAGUCAACAGGUCCCAAAAGACAAGUCAGAGCCGGCCCAACAGCAGUGCCCUGGAGACCUUGGGUGGUGAGAAGCUGGCCAACGGCAGCCUGGAGCCUCCUGCCCAGGCAUCUCCAAACCCUUCUCAGAGGGACUCGGACUGUGGCAGCGUCUCCACCUCUGAGAGCAUGGACUACAGCACCUCCCUGUCUGCCGACCUGUCCCUGAACAGAGAGACGGGUUCUCUGUCUAUCAAGGACUCGAGGCUGCACAAUAAAACCCUCAAGCGGACACGCAGAUUCGUGGUGGAUGGCGUGGAGGUGAGCAUAACCACCUCCAAGAUCAUCAGCGAGGACGAGAAGAAGGAUGAGGAGAUGAGAUUUCUCAGGCGCCAGGAACUCCGAGAGCUUCGACUGCUCCAGAAGGAAGAGCAUCGGAACCAGACCCAGCUGAGCAACAAGCAUGAGUUGCAGCUGGAGCAAAUGCACAAACGCUUUGAGCAAGAAAUCAAUGCCAAGAAGAAGUUCUUCGAUGUGGAGCUGGAGAACCUGGAGCGUCAGCAGAAGCAGCAAGUGGAGAGGAUGGAGCAGGACCAUGCUGUGCGGCGCCGGGAGGAGGCCAAGCGGAUCCGCCUGGAGCAGGAGCGGGAGUAUGCCAGGUUCCAGGAGCAGCUCAAGCUGAUGAAGAAAGAGGUGAAGAACGAGGUGGAGAAGCUGCCCAGACAGCAGCGGAAGGAGAGCUUGAAGCUGAAGAUGGAGGAGCAUGUGCAGAAAAAGCAGCUUCUCGACCGGGACUUUGUGACCAAGCAGAAGGAGGACCUGGAGCUGGCCAUGAAGAAGCUCACAGCCGACAACAGGCGGGAGAUCUGUGACAAGGAGCGUGAGUGCCUCACCAGGAAGCAGGAGCUCCUGCGAGACCGGGAGGCGGCCCUGUGGGAGAUGGAGGAGCACCAGCUGCAGGAGAGGCACCAGCUGGUGAAGCAGCAGCUCAAGGACCAGUACUUCCUCCAGCGGCACGAGCUGCUGCGCAAGCACGAGAAGGAGCGGGAGCAGAUGCAGCGCUACAACCAGCGCAUGCUGGAGCAGCUGAAGGUGCGGCAGCAGCAGGAGAAGGCGCGGCUGCCCAAGAUCCAGAGGAGCGAGGGCAAGACGCGCAUGGCCAUGUACAAGAAGAGCCUGCACAUCAACGGCGGGGGCAGCGCCGCCGAGCAGCGCGAGAAGGUCAAGCAGUUCUCCCAGCAGGAGGAGAAGAGGCAGAAGUCGGAGCGGCUGCAGCAGCAGCAAAAACACGAGAACCAGACGCGGGACAUGCUGGCGCAGUGCGAGAGCAACAUGAGCGAGCUGCAGCAGCUGCAGAAUGAAAAGUGUCACCUUCUGGUAGAGCACGAAACCCAGAAGCUGAAGGCCCUGGACGAGAGCCAUAACCAGAGCCUGAAAGAAUGGCGGGACAAGCUCCGGCCGCGCAAGAAG